AUCUAAAUGCUGUUUGUCGACCAAUGAUUUAACUCAGCGGCUAUGGACACACCUCGGAUUAGUCAAAGAUGCCUCACUACGGCCAAAUUACGUCGUAUGUUCACAUCAAACUGAAUUAACCUUGUGUUAGCUUGCUACACGGAGGUUAGCCGUUUAACCGCAUUACAAGCUAAUACCGAGACUAAAACAUUGAGCUAGCUUAGCACGUCACGAGCGCCUUGUUUUCACCAGGAAAUCAGGAAUGUUUCUUCCGGUUUCCAGAAACAAAACGGAAGCUGAAUUGGCUCUGGAGCUCACCAAUCGGCGUCAGAUGGAGCUUCUCCUCUCUAAAGCCUGCUUCCGUCUGUAGUGUUGAAGAGGAACGUGUCUUCGACACAAUCUUUAAUCAACUUUUCUUAGGUUUAAGUAGAAGACUUUUCUAGGAGUUCUACCGCGAGGCUGCUUUCCGUUCAUAGAAUUCAGUCCGUUGUUCAGCGAAGGCAGCAUCCGUUGGAAUCGAGGGUUUGAAAACCUGACUCGUGAGGAAGGGGCAAAGGAAGCACUAUUUCUAAGCAUCCUGUUUGCCUGGAGAUGAAGCUGCAGGCAGUUAUGGAGAACUUGCAUAGGCAACAGCAAGCCAGGCUGCUCUUGGAGAUGGAGCAGCAGCAGACGGCUUCGUUUCAGAGCUCCUCCCCAACAAGCAACGAGCUGAAGCUAAGCGCCAACUCGGACACGGAGCAUGCUCAGAUAGCGGCUCUGGCAGCCAUGAGGGCUGCGGCGGCCGGACUGCAGAGACGACCGAUGCCUGACAGUCCCAGGUCCGACCACAGCACUGCUGGAGAGGAGGAUGAAGUUGAAGGAGAUGAGGAUGAGGAAGAGGCAGAUGAGCAUUACAAAGACAUGAUGGGAUCUGAUGAAGAGGAGCAAAUAAAGCAGAAGUGGGAUGAGGAUGACUUUGAGGGGGAGAUGGAAGAAGACUUUGAUGACGACAUGGCCGAGGAAGGACUGCAGAUGAGCCGUGAAGCAAUCACCCCAGGCCGAGGCAUCCUACUGCUGCCUCAUCGUCAGCUCCAUCCGAACUCUCAGCUGCUGAAGGCACGAUCAGGGCAUGAACCUGAACCGAGGGCCUCAGUUUUCCCAGCUCUGCCCUCUCAAGGCCAGCAACACGGCCAGGACCACACCGACUGGACCUAUGAAGAGCAGUUCAGACAGCUAUAUGAACUGGACAGCGAUCCCAAGAGGAAAGAGUUCCUGGAUGAUUUGUUCAGCUUCAUGCAGAAGAGAGGGACUCCAGUGAACAGGAUCCCCAUCAUGGCCAAGCAGGUGCUAGAUCUGUAUAUGCUUUACCAGCUGGUGACGGAGAAGGGUGGCCUGGUGGAGGUGAUCAACAAAAAGUUAUGGAGGGAGAUCACCAAAGGUCUGAACCUGCCCACCUCAAUCACCAGCGCUGCCUUCACUCUCAGAACACAAUACAUGAAGUACCUUUACCCCUAUGAAUGUGAAAAGCGGGGUCUCAGCAACCCCAACGAGCUCCAGGCUGCCAUAGACAGUAACCGGCGAGAGGGACGGCGCCAGGCUUUCGGCGGUUCCCUUUUCACUUACUCACCCAAUGGGGCUCCCACCAUGCUGUCCUCCCCUAAAAUCUCUGUGCCCACCAUUGGUAUGGCUGUGGGCACCAGCGAUACCUCACUUACCUCAGUUCAAAAGGUCAAGAAGGAAGAUGAUGUGAGCCAGUCUCUGACUGCACAGGCCAACAGACUGCCUGGCACUCUGGCAGCUCAGUCAGUAGCAGCAGCUCAGGCGGUGGCAGUGCAGGCUGCCAUGGCUGCUCAGGUUGCUGCGCUUGAGCAGCUGAGGGAGAAGCUUGAAUCGGGCGAGCCACCCGAGAAGAAGAUGGCGCUGCCUACAGAGGACCAUCAGCGGCUUCUGCAGAGGGCACUGCAGCAGAACCUGCUAGCGAUGAGCACCCAGAUGCCUAUGAACAUCCGUAUCAACAGUCAAGAAAGUAGACAGGAGUCUGCCCUCAACCUCACCACGAACGGCCUGAACAGCAUCAGUAUGUCAGUGGAGCUCAACGGCAUCAUCUACACCGGUGUGCUGUUCGCUCAGGCUACUGGUCUAAAUUCCUCAGGAACAGCUAACAAAACGGCUGGAGAUCGCAGCACCCCUCAGCAGCUUCCUCAGACACCUACCUCAUCCAGCUCCACCAACCCAUCACCCUAAACCCCUCACAACCCCCCCCCCAUCUCAAAGCUAGCUAAAGCCAAAAAUCAACCUCAUUUUUUUAAGAGCGUAUGCCAAAAGAAAAAAGAAAAACCUAGCAGGAAUAACAAGUUUCCAGACCACUUGACAUACACUAUCUCAGGUUCUCUCUUCUUUUAUUCACUCUUUUGUUCAGUAGCCAAAAUGAACUAAAAGAUUACAGCAACAAAAGAGUCUUAUGGUUAAAACAAACCUAUAAUUAAUAUAUACAUGUAUGUGUGUGUGUAUAAUACACACAUACAUACACAUACAUACAUUUUAUAUAUAUAUAUACAUACAUACACAUAACCUGUGAAUAAUUUAUUUCUUUUCUGUAUACAGAAUACUUGGAAUUAAUAGAGCAGUAGAAUCUAGAAAUGGUAGCACACUGUUUACACACUUUACACAUUCAGACUGAUGAUGAAGCUUUCUGGAAAACAGGAAAAACAUUAUGAAUGCAAUUUUAUCAUGAGUGUUAUAUAUAUAUAAAAACAUAAAGCAAAUAAGGUUCGUAACUAUACAUCUAUAUCUAGAGUGCCUUGCCGAACCCUCUACAGCUUCAAUGUCUCUGUGCUUUUCGGAGAAAUCCUUCUGUGGCAAAUACAAGAGACUCACCGAAACCCCGACUAUGAUGACUGUGCAAAUUUCCACGUUUUCUGACCCCGCAGGCUGACCACGUGGCAUUUUGGAAAGAACGGUGGAAACUAUUUUUCCCCAGUUUUUAGAAAACGAAAUGCCAAUUAUCUGAAUUGUGAAACGAAAGUCUCGUAGGUUGGAGGCAUUAAUUAGCGGAGCAGAAGCUAGUAAUGCAUUACAAACAUUAUGGAGGAUAUAUUUUUGCAAGCCAGCGUAAAACAUCUGUGUACAUUUAAGUACGUUUAAGAUUUGAAAACUCUUUUAAACGGGAAAAAACACGGCGCAAAACACGGAAAUUUGAAAUACAGGACAUGCAAAAGAUCCUGUCUGUUGAAUCAUCUAGAAACAGUAGAAGGAACUUGCCUGUAAUGAAAAUAUUAUAUUUUAAGCAAAAUCCACAUAAUAUAUUAGACUGUUUCUGCAAAAUGUUUGUUAUAGAGACACUUGCCAAAUUCACACACGUCAUAUAUUCAUUGUUAUUACGCAGAUUUGUUGUAUUGCAGAAUUCUAUACAUUUCCAUAAUUGACUAAAUGAACACAGAAAUCCUAAGCACGCACCAUUUGACUGCCGUCUUCUGGGCUGAAAAAUUAACCUUAAGAAUUCCAAGAGAAUAGAGUCCAUGUUCACCGUCAGUGUGUGAGCUGGAUGUGGACUAGAUGUUCUGGCAGACAGUUAAACGUCACCGAGCUCGAACUGAACCCGACGUGUGUUUUAGCUCGUGAUGUACGGCUUGGACUUGAAACUUUGGUUAGAGCAAAUCUUUUGUUGUUGUUGUGGAUUGUUGAGUGCAUUAGACAGACUGCCCGAGACAUACACAUUUUCCUUCCACAGAUUAUGCAUUUAUUCUGAUUAAUAGUUGUAAUUAUUUGACUGAACUUUUAAGGGCAUGUUCACUAAUAAUUUUUUGCGGUCGUGAUGCUUUUCUUUUUGUUCUACUAACUUUAGUGUUACACCAUAUUCAAGGUCAGGUUGCGUAUUGAUUGUAACUUUUAUUUCGUGUAUCAAAGGGCCUGGUUUUCUAACAAAAUAAAAUGAAGCGGUUUGACGGCUCUCGGUAGCACUUCAGCUUUCAGGACGCAUUAAAGCCCGAAAAUUUACAUGAUUGCAAAAAAUCCAAUGUUCUGCAUGUCCAAACCCUCAAAACAGACAAUUCUUGAAUUUUUGUCCUUGUGCUUUUUGACAGUGUUUUCUCUCUGGUUUUCAGCCUUCGUUCUACUUUGACAUUAAUUCACUGGCGUAUAGGUCACUUCAGCAUCUCUCUGGAGGCAAAGGAGUUUAUUUAUAAUGAAUAAUAUAAAUAAAAAAAUGCUUUUCACUAUCAGGACGUUAGGGUCGUAGUACCUCAUUCAACUCUAGGCAUGAUAUUAUUAUUAUUAUUAUUAUUAUUAUUAUUAUUAGACUCGCUCUAUCUACCUCAACCAUUCAUUGUACUCGACUUAAACCUGAUUCAACACCGUUAACUCAAUCACUGGACACAAAAACUGAUAUACAGUAGUUUCGUUAUUAGAGUUCAUUUGCAGAGCCAGGUUUAAAAAAUGGCGCGAAUCGCACGUACAAUCUGUGACACUUUGAGAGAUUUUUGAGGGUCUCUCUGGAUUCAUAACCACAAGUAGAAAUCUAAUCGGAUUCUAACUUGUGCUCUGUCCUUCCUCUGCUGUAUCAUCUCUGGUUGAGGUGGCAAUUACCAGCUAACCUGCUGCCUUCUAGUGGAUCGAGUGCCCUCCAUGCCAGCUGAGAUCAUUUAUAAUAAAAUCUUACUGUUUCUUGUGUUGAUUUACUUAAGAGUUGGGAUUUGGGCAUUUAAAGCAUUUCCUUAUCCUUGCUAGAGACAUGUGAGAAGAUCCUUCUUGUAUUUUGAGUUUUAAUAUAUUAGAUACAGCUCAACCAUCAAGCUGUGUUCUGUAUAUUUAACCAUUACAGCUAUGGAUAUUUUACCUUCGCUCCAGUCACCAUCUAGAAUUAGAUUAGCUCAGGAUAGUGUGACAAGUAAGUGCAUUUAUUGUAAGAUGUUUUUUUGUUUUGUUUUGUUUUUUUGAACACCUUUAAAAUGUGGAAAAACAUCCAAAAAUGAAAUUUGACAAUUUUGUCUUCACUGUGUACUGAAUAUUGCAAAGACAACCAGAACAUCUCUCACUUAUUAAAUGAUGCCUUAUGCUUUGACAAUUAAUUACAAUUAAUUACAAUUAUUUUUUUUCUUUUAAUAGAAUUUAAUGUUACACUAAGAGAGUUGUGGUUUUAACCGUUAGACUUUGGUAAAGUAUUGAGUAUUGAGGCUUAAAAAGCUAGCUGUGAUAUAUUUCUAAGGUUCCCAAGACAACAUUUUUCUAAUUGGGCACUUUUCUGUUCUGGACACUUCUGUAUCUGUACCAGCUGUAGAAGAGUUAACAAAUGUAUAUUCAUAAACAUACACAUACUUUUAUUUUAUUUUUUCUUUUAAAAAAACAAUGCAUUUGACAUCAUCUCAGGAAAUACACUUCUACCUCCGCAUCUAUACAUAUGUUCAUUUUAGGGAAUUUUGGUACAUUUAGUACACAAAGAUAUAAUUCUACCUUUUUAUAAUGGUGUUACAGAAUGACACUUGUAUCACUGCUAGAGUAUAUACAAAUGUGUGUGUGCGAGUGUGUGUGUGAAUAGCUUUUCUUUUCAGGCUGUCCUUUUGGAUAUUAUUGUAUUUAAUUUUUUUUUUUUUUUUUUACAUAUAAAACCUUAACAAUGAAACUUAUUUCACUCAAAUAAGUUACUCAAAACUAGAAGUAGGAGUAGGAGUAUGGGCAUUUCUGGGGAUUGCCUAGAUUUAAUAAUUUAAAUAUGUGUUUAAUGUGUUCUAUGAAAAUGUGUGGCUUUUGCGGUAUCUUGAGGGAUUGCAUAUGACAGUUUCCUGACACCUUUGACUUAUUUCACUUAUUUAAUCCCAAAUGUGUUUGUGUGAAUUAAUUUUAUUUGGAAAUACGAGUAUAUUAAAUAUAUCAUUAUUGUUGCAAA